AUGACAACUGAUGAACUUGUUACUAUACAAACCGAGUUCAAAGGACUCAAUGAUGAAUUCAAUGUCUACCGCACAGAUUCGCUUGGAGCCAAAGUCAAAUUUGUGAAGUUGGCUGAGAAAUUCACGUCAACUGACGCUGCAUCAUUGCAACACGAAUCUCCUCAGGCUUCUGAUGACAUUGCCAGGGCAACCACUAGUGUUGCACCUGAGGAACAAGCCAGGCCAACUGAAGCAUCUGCCGCUGUGCCUGAAGAAACUGAACCAGUCAGGCCAACUGCACCAGUUGUGCCUGAGGAAAGUGAAUCAAUUUCCUCUGCUCCUCCUGCACCAACACCAAGUCCCAUUCUUCCUUCCGCAUUAGAUGUGAAGAAAACCAAGGCUGCGGAGCGAGCAACAGUGAAGAAGAGGAAAGCAUCUGCUUCAUCAGAUUCUUCAGCACCGAAGAAGAUGAAGACAUUGACAAGCUCUUUUCAGAUUCCCAUUGAUGCUAUUCCUGUUUCGAGCAUGCCAUCAAAGGAACUCGUUCCCUUUGGUGAUGAUUAUGAGAUCCCAAGUGAAUCUGAUGAAGAUGUUCCUUCUGCUGCUUCUUCAGAGCAGUUGGACGAAGAAAUUAAAGCGGAUAAUAUCCCUUCAACCCCAGUGACUGAAGAAGUUCAAAUGGGCUCUGAUGAACCUCAAGCCACACCUCUGUCCAAUCCUGAAGAUAUUCCAGCCACUAAUGCUGAUGUUAAUGUUGCUGAAGAGAUGAAGACCCAGGCUGCUACUGAAGCAGAAACUGAAAUUCCUCAGCCUGUGGUUCCUGAGAUUGUGAUUCCUGAAACUGUGAAGGCAUUGACUGAUACUCCUCAGCCCAAGUCAAAGAAUCCCUUCUCCAAGAAGCAAAAAUUCAAGGAAGGAGAUGCAACUUUUGACCAAGAAGACCCGGAACCUGAAAAAGUAGAUGAAGAAGAACUCGCCACCGACGAGGAGGAGGAGCAGCCACAACAAGAAGCCUACACCACCUACCCAGACCUCUACGGUCUUCAGGGCUCUAUCAAUGAUAUGAGCAACCUCGCAGAGUCCCUUCGAGACUCGUCCGCCUACAUGAGUACCCGCUUCUCCAACUAG